AUGACACAAACUCAAGUUCAACAAACACACAAACUCAAAUUCAACCAAUACCCAAUUCUCAAGUUUAACAAAUUCCACACCCUCAAGUUCAAAAACACCAAAAACUCAAGUUCAAAAACACGACACAAACUCAAGUUCAUACACGACACAAACUCAAGUUCAAACAUAACACAAACUCAAGUUCAACAAACACACAAACUCAAGUUAAACAAACAAGAAACCUCAAGUUCAAAAACACCACAACCUCAAGAUCAAACACGAAACAAACUCAAGUUCAAUCAACACCCAAAUCUCAAGUUUACGUUUUUCCACAACCUCAAGUUCAAACACGCCACAAACUCAAGCUCAAAAACACCACAACCUCAAGCUCAAAAAACACCACAAACUCGAGUUCAAACACUACACAAACUCAAGUUCAAAAACAACACAAACUCAAGUUCAACCAAUACCCAAUUUUUGAGUUUAACAAUUUCCAUAACCUCAAGAUAA